CGGUAUUUAGGCCAUUGACAGAACAGUGGAUUUCAAAGAUCCAAUUAAAAAUAAACAUGUGAAGAAAUUUAAAAUUUGCAACUAGGUUUAUUUUAAAUUAAAACAAUAUCCUCAUUCUGGACUAUGUAAGGAAAAAUUAACAGAACUAUUUUUCAUUUCAAAUCAUGGAUUUUUCUGCCUCUGUAACUCAAGACUCCAGUGAAGAGUCCUUAACAAAAGAAGCAAAUUUAUUUCCUUCUACUGGAGCAAAACCAAAAUUCAAUUUUCCACCACCACCACGAUUCUCCAAAAGUGCAAAUAAUUCGUACUGCUCAACGGCCUCUGAAAGCUCAAAUAGUUCUCACAGGAGUUUGGUAAAUAGAAGUUUCAAUUUAACCAAAAAAAAGCAUAAGACACGAUCCAAAAACUUACCUCCAUUGGGUAUCUACUGGGAUAUAGAAAAUUGCCAUGUACCUAAGAGUAAAAGUGCAGCUGCUGUAGUACAAAAGAUAAGAGAAGUGUUUCUCCAUACUUAUAGAGAGUCGGAAUUCGUAGUUGUCUGUGAUGUUAAAAAAGAAAGCCCUCUUAUUAUACAAGAAUUACAUGAUGCUCAGGUAAUGGUGAUUCAUGUAUCAGCUACUUCUAAAAAUGCAGCAGAUGAAAAAUUACGCCAGGCCUUGAGAAGAUUUGGAGAGCUACAUCCUGCCCCAUCUGGAGUAGUAUUGAUUUCUGGUGAUGUUAAUUUUGCUGCAGAUCUAUCUGAUCUCAGAUACCGUAAAAAAAUUAGAGUUAUUUUAGUCCAUAAUGUGAAUGUUGCUGACGCACUGAUAUUAUGUGCAAAUGAACAUCAUUCUUUUGCCGAGUUGAUGAAGGAUAUAUCUGCACAUAAGAGCAAAGUCAUAGAGAAUACUCCUGCAUUUUUGACAAUUACUAAUCUCCCUUCAAAUUAUGACAUUGGAAGAUUGAGAAGUAGAUUACGAAUGCUGACUGAAAAUUGCGGGGGGAAAAUCUGUGCAAUAUCUUCAGAUGGAAUUGCAUCAGUGAGAUUUGGAAAUUUGGAUUAUGCCUUAAGGGCGCAGAGAAGAAUUCAGGGCGAGGAUGUUUUCGGAAAUAAAAUCAAAGUGUUAUCUCCAUCAGUACGAAAUUUUACAGGACGUAAAAUGAAAAAUGCUGAUUUAUCUUAUAAAUCAUAUGAUAUGCCACCACCACCACCACCAGGAUUUUCCCAACAAGACUACCACAACGCUCAUCAUGGUCAAUCUAUUUCUAGAGAUUCACGAAGACUAACCGAGACUAGUAAUCAGUCUGUUAUGGACAACUGUAUGUUUAGACCAAUAAGAGGUGCUGGUGUUUCGAAUGUAUCUCCCAUGGAUGUGGGUUACGAACAAAUUUGGGGAGGAAAACGGAAUUUGGAUCGGCGAGCAUUAACGCCCAGGGAACAAUUGUUGAAUGCAACUUGCGGAAAUCAGUCACGCACCCACAAGAACAGUGGUAGCUCCGAAUACAGUGAUGAACAGAGGAUGGGAUACAUGAGUGAAAAUGAAGAGAAGCAUGUACAAUCAAAUCAACCUGUAGACUUGAUCAUAUCUAACUUAGACCCGACCAUUGAAACGAAGGAACUUAGAAGACUGCUCACUAAUAUGCUCAAGGAAUAUGCAAUGAUUUUAAGUUUGAAUGUAACUAUUCAAGCAGAUGGUACUCCUAUAGCGAAUAUUAGAGUGAAUAGUCAAAAAGAAGCGCAAUUCACCAUAUCACAAUUACAUAGACAGAAGUUAGGACACAAACGAAUUGUCAUAUCAUAUGCCCAAAGCAACUCUCCGGAUCCUGAACAGCUCAAAGCUAUGGUUAUAGGAGUUUUACAGGAAGUUCCUGACAAGUGUAUGCCUCUCUUUAAAUUUCUGGAUCUACUGGAAUCCCGAUACAACUGUACUGUGUCAGUAUCCGAAGUGAAUAAAUUGAAGGAUGUUUGUAAAAUAACAGAUGAUUUGGGAUCUAGAAUCAUUUCUUUGACUCAAGAAAUCAGGACCUCUCCCCCGCCAAGUUUGAGUAGGACUUUAGUACCAUACUGUACGAUACAUUGCCCCAAUGGUAUUAAAAGUAGAGGUUGGUGUGAAUUCAGCGUCGUACAAGCUCCCAGCAUUAAGAUGUCGUUGAAGUUGUUUACUGAUAAAUUGACAGGGUUACUUAAAAUUCAUCUAGGUUGUAUGCAUUUAUUAAGCUUUCAAGCAUGUUACGAACAGGAGUUUCAUGAACCGCUGCCGGUUGAUGAAACUGGUGUACCUUUAGAACAUUUGAUCUCUUGUGUACCUCACAUGGAAAUAAGGAGUGUAGGGCCAAACAAAAACAUUAAAGUUAUAAAAUAUGAAGAAACCCUUAAUUCUCAACAUGAGGAAGAUCAUGUCCUGAAGUCAAUGCCUCCUUCUCUAGCCCCGAAUAUCAGCUUGCUGUGUCGAGAACUAGUGGAUCUUCUGAAGACGACUGACAGAUGUCAGCUGCUGCUCAGUAAAUUCAUUCCCGCUUACCACCACCAUUUUGGGAGGCAAUGUAGAGUGGCUGAUUAUGGGUACACCAAACUUCUUGAUUUGUUUGAAUCUAUAUCACAUGUUGCGCAGAUUAUGGGAGACGGUACUCGUCGAACUAUUACAUUAUCUCAUACAGCCCAGAUGAGACGAUUCACUUCUGACCUUCUCAGGGUAUUGAAAGUACAGCCGUCCAAACAAAUAAGCAUUAUAGAUUUUCCACAGGCAUACGAGAAGGUUUUGAACAAAACAUUUAAUGCUGUUGAGUAUGGCCUUUGCACUUUCGAAGAUCUCUUACAGGAAGUACCUGAAAAUACGAUAGUCAUAAGUAAGAAUGAUGCUGGAAUAUUCAUUGCCGUGCCGAAGCGUGAACAGACUGCUGAAGAAAUAGUGAGAACAAAGCAGUUUGCGGCAGAGGUUAUAGAUCUUCUGAGACAUUCUCCUUACUAUACGAUGCUGUUUAAUAAGUUUGUACCUGCUUAUCAUCAUCACUUCGGUCACCAGUGUAAAGUGUCGGAUUAUGGUUUUACGAAACUAAUAGAAUUAUUUGAAGCUAUUCCAGAUAUUGUGAAGAUCGAAGAAAUGCCAGAUGGUGAACGGACAGUCAGCCUAACUCUACAUCAGUCUUUGAAAAUCUUAGGGUCCCAGAUAGUACAAAUUAUAAGAUCUUCAGCACAAAAUUCUAUACUUAUUAGUGAUUUACCUAAAAUUUAUUUGAGGGAAUUUGGGUAUCCCCUAAAACAUAAACAUUAUGAAUGUAAUUCGUUACUAGAGGUUACAGCUAAACUUUCAGAAUAUGUUCAAGUUGAAAACAGUAAUGCAGGAUUGUUACUUGUUGCAAUUGAUGUGGACACAACACCCAACACUCUGAAAGUGAGGAGCUGGGCUUUGUUACUGAAACCUCCUCAUUAUAUGGAUUUCAAUACUUUCUGCUACGAAUAUCAGUCUAGAUAUAACAGCAGUUUCACUGUGGAUAGCUUGCAGCAGAUUGAAAGUGUUAUUUCGAUAUCAUCGUCGAAUGACACUAGUUACAUAUCUCUGACACCUCUCUUUGUUUUAGCAGCUCAACUUUAUCAUGUUAUUUAUAAUAGUGGUGGUAGCGUUCCCUACUUUAACUUGGAUAAAUUAUAUUACGAUUUUUAUGGAAACGCACUGAAAUUGUCAAACUAUCAAAUAUAUUCUGUUGAUGAGUUUUACAACUAUUUCAGUCUGUUGUUUUUCAUAAGAGGUAGUAAAAAGAAGAGUAUCGUGAUGCUGAAUCGAAAUUUAGCAGAGCAUUUAGUGCCUUUACCUACUUCCAUGUACAAAUCUAGUCAGUUAUUUAUGGGCGGUAACCGGGAACUUUCCAAUUGGCCACCUCCACAGCCAACAGAAAUGGUACAAAACACAAUCAAAAAAGUAUCUCCACCCAAGCCUGAUACACCGCCAACACCG